CCUUCUAUUUCACCGAGCACUUGGCUUGGUGGUCACAGAGUUUGUUAUGUCGAGAGAUUUUAAGAUUUCAGUGGGAUAUAAUCCCAUAAACAAAAGUAACACUUUCACUAGUGGGGAUUACAUCACUGGAAAUAUAACAUUAAAAGUGAAAAAAGAAUGCAAAAUAGAGUCCCUUGGUAUAAAGCUGAAGGGAAAAGCAGAAGUCAAAUGGAAAAAAUCUUCUGGCGAAUCGUCCAAAACCUAUCACAAGAAAGAGAAGUACUUCAGCAUCAAGCAAAAUGUAAUUGAGGCAAGCCAGGGUAACAACAUUGUGGGCCAGGGCUGUCAUGUCUACCCAUUCACCUUUCAAAUUCCGGCACAAGACCUGCCAUCAUCCUUUAAAGGCUCCCAUGGAAAGAUCCGCUACACUCUGGAGGCAAUUCUAAGCCGGUCAAUGAGAAUGGACAGCAAAGCCAAGGCUGAGUUCACCCUGAUCAACAAUGGGAACCUAAACAGUGAUCCAUUAGUUAUGGCUCCUCAGCACCAGGCCAUUGACAAGAAAAUUAGGCUUUUUACAUCAGGAACAGUAGGGAUGGAUGUAAAUAUCACAAGGACAGGCUUCCACCAAGGGGAAGGCAUAAAGGUUGUGGCCUCCAUCCAGAACAGAUCAUCUCGUGAAAUCAAGCCCAAGUACUGUUUGUAUAAGAAGUACAGUUACUUUGCAAGUGAAAAGAGGAAAGUUGAAACUGAGGUCAUCCUAAGAGAGGUGGGUGAACCCAUCCCACCUUCAGCCGGCCAGACUGUCACCAGAACCAUCACCAUCCCGCCUGACACGGGUGUGUCUAUCCUUAACUGUCAAAUCAUCAAAGCAGAGUACAGGCUCAGGGUCUACCUGGAUGUCAAGUAUGCUGUAGACCCCCAGAUCAAGUUUCCCAUACUCAUCCUACCAGCUUUACCGGGGCUUGAAAGGGAGCAGCAGCCUGCUUACCCUGACUAUGGAUUUGGUGUGUUUGCAAAGUACGACCAGCAAGGAGGCAACAACUUCCUACAUAUCCCACCAUCCACAGGCCCUUCUGCUCCAUAAAAAGCCGUAGAAUGUAUUUGGUAAAUCUCAGUUAGAAAAAUGAGUCUGUAUUAAGAACAAACACUAGAGUCACACAAGUUUUGAUGAAUCCUAGUUUUCCAGAAUAAUGAAAAGAACUAUGGGAGUGUAAAGAUUGUCUUGUAUAAAAUAUAGAAUAAAUAAACAACAAUAUUACUCCUAUGUGGAGUUAGGUAUCUCUCAGGCAGAAUGGGAUGAUAUGAUUUCAGUAAUUGUCUUUCCUAACUUGAUCUUGUGUUGUUGGUGUUGUUCAAUGAGUAAAACUCAUUUACGUCAGUUAUUUACAUAUGUCAGGAACAAUGUGGUUUUGAAUCGGGCUGAUGUGGGUGUGGGCUUGUCUGGGCAUGUGGCAGUACUUUAAAGCUGAACUGCAGCGCCCUCAAAUGUUUAAAAAACAUAUCACUUUUGAGCAAUUCAAGUUUUAACAUUUAACAAUUAAAAACAAGCUGAGUAAAAAUCAACAAAGUGCUUUGUGCGUUUAUAAGUCAGCUUUCCUUUCCAUCCUAUUCGUCUUUGUGUUUAGCAUUUUAACUCUGAACUAUCUAAUUAAAUAGAUGGUUUUGCUGUAUACCAGAA